AGGCUGCUGGCGUCUGCUCUGUCUCUGAAUUGUAGUCAGUGUGGAGAAUCAGGAGCAGGACAAGAGUCUACCCUACAAAACAAACCUUCACAUGACUUUCUCUGGGUCUCUGGUCCCUCCUCAGGCUUGAAGCUCUUUGUUCUUGGCCUUCCCCGGGAGGACUGAAGAGCCCUAGAAAGACAGAUGCAAGUUCACAGAGAGGGCCCAGGGCAAGGUCCAUGAGCUCAGUGUCAGCAGGCCCUGGUCACCAGGUCCAUCAUUGACAAACAGCAGGUCUGGCCUCCCUCCUUCAUGAGGGAGACUCCAGAGCCCUGCAGUGAGGGCAGACUGAGCGCAGAUGUAUGUGCCAAGGCUGUGCGCACUAGCUCUCUUUCUGGGGCCAGGACAGAAGGCCAGCGUGAACCAGGUUAAACUACAGAGGUGCCUUUAUGGAGCUGGAAAGUCCAGGGUUGGACUUUAGGCACAGCUACAUCCAAGGGAACCUUCCCACUCAUGUUUUUCCAUGCUGGGCUGGGAGGGCAGUGGGGCCCCCAAGACAGACACCACCACUUGGAAGAGCUGGCUCCCCUUACCAGUAAGGUGUCUCCCUUUCCAGAGCAUGGCCCUGACGCUUUGGCGAAUCCUUUCCACUUGUCUGGGGACGUGGAUUUUUUCUUGCUCAGAGAUCAGCAGCGGAAUAAGACCCUCUCCGAGCGACAGCAGCAGAAGAAGCUACGAGUGCACGAGAAGAUGACCUACUCCUCUAAAGUGUCGGCUAAGCACACGAGCCUGCGGAGGCAGCUGCAGCUAGAGGACGAGCAGGAGGACCUGCAGGCGCAUACCGAGGCCGAGCGUCUGCGCGCCCUCGGCGACUACAUGGCCUGGAAGCUCAGCUUGACCAAAGAAAAGAACUUGAAGCCUGAGAACAUGUGCGGCUACAUUAAGCAGAAGCGGCAGCUGUUCCUCCUCCAGUAUGCCCUGGAUGUCAAGCGGAAGGAGAUCCAGUGGCUGGAGCUGCUGCUGACCAAGGAGGAGUCCAGGCUGGAGCGGGCCGAGAAGUCCCUGGAGAAGGACGCCGUCUUAUUCGACGAGUUCCUCAGAGAGAACGACCGCAGCUCGGUGCAGGCCAUGAAAGCGGCUGAGAAGGAGACCAAAGCCAAGAUGGAGAAGAUCCUCGAGAUCCGAGACCUCACCACCCAGAUUGUUAAUAUCAAAAGUGAGAUCUCCAGAUUUGAAGACACUCUGCAGCAAUACAAGGUCUACAAGGAUUUCCUAUACAAGCUGUCGCCCAAGGAGUGGCUUGAAGAACAGGAGAAGAAACGCUUGUCUCUCAAAAAGGCCAAGGAGGUCUCCGAGGCUUCCAAGGAAGAGAGCAGUGUUAACACCACACCAGGGGACAAAGGACCAGGGAUCAAGGGCAAGGCAAGCUUCGUGUCUCCCAAAGAGGUUCAGGGCACAAAGAAGCCCUGGAAGUUUCUGCAGGUGAUGCGGCUGGGGCGGAGCCUGUCUUUCCUGAGCAGCCCCCAGCAAGGCAGCCAGCCCAGUGAGUCCAGCGGCGGGGACUCCAGAGGGUGAGUGGGCUCGGGUGGUUGGGAGAGGCUGGGGCCUAGCAGAAAGCCCUCCCUUGUGGUGCCCAGGUGUAGUCAGGUCAGAGUGCCACAGAAAAGAAAGUGUGUUACUCACAGUCCCCACUCCACACAGGGCCACACGGGAAUGCCCCAGGUCAGCCAGGAGGCAGAGUGAGUGGGGCCCGUGGGCAGGCAUCUCCAUUGUGGUUCCCAUGGGAAUUAAUGGUGAGGUGAGUGAGCAGGUGUAGGGCUGAUUUGUUUUUGAAUAAUUUCGGGCUCUUGGACACAGGCUGGCCCCUGCUUGUCUGGUCCUGGCCCUGGGGGAUAGGUCCUGAGUGUGGACAGUGGACUGGGUGGUUUGCAUUUGAAAGGUGAGCUGAGGGCAAGCUCAGAGCCCAAGGCGAGUCAUUUCCUGUCUCCAUGGAUUGGUCGACCCUGAGAGAGGCGGUCUCUCCAGGCUCGGCAAGGCCACAGGUGUCAAAGCAUCAGAACACAGAAUAUCAAAGUCACAGUCACUACAUGGGUGGAGUGGUCUCAUAUGGUUUUCAGGACAUCUUCCUGAUGAGAAAUCUGAAUACAUUGCAUACUUAUUGGCUGCUCAGAUGUCAUUUUUUGUGAAGUAUCCGAUUUUUGAACAUUUUUGUUGGAUCAUUAGCCUGGUUCUUAUGGUUACCUAUGGUUCUCUGUGUGUUCUGGGGACCAGCCUGGUGUGGAAAGUGUGGUACACAUAUCUUCUUCCAGUUUGUAUCUUGCCUUAUUUCUGUUUUAAUAUUGUCUUUUGAAGAAUAGGAAUUAUUAAUGUUAAUGAAGUCAAAUUUACUAAUUUUUUAUUUUAUAAUUGGUGAAUUUGGGGCCCUGCUUAAGAAGUAUUUCCCAACAGCAUAGUCACUAGAACAUUUCCUGUUUUCUUAUUUUUUUUUAAUUGCAUUUUAGGUUUUGGGG